AUGGACCAGGGGGGUGAGAAGAGGACUACAGGGCCAUCUCCACAUCACUUCAGAGACACCAGCCUCAGACCCCGACACCAGCCUCAGACCCCGACACCAGCCUCAGACCCCGACACCAGCCUCAGACCCCGACACCAGCCUCAGACCCCGACACCAGCCUCAGACCCCGACACCAGCCUCAGACCCCGACACCAGCCUCAGACCCCGACACCAGCCUCAGACCCCGACACCAGCCUCAGACCCCGACACCAGCCUCAGACCGUGACACCAGCCUCAGACCGUGACACCAGCCUCAGACCCCGACAACAGCCUCAGACCCCGACACCAGCCUCAGACCCCGACACCAGCCUCAGACCCCGACACCAGCCUCAGACCCCGACACCAGCCUCAGACCCCGACACCAGCCUCAGACCCCGACACCAGCCUCAGACCCCGACACCAGCCUCAGACCCCGACACCAGCCUCAGACCCCGACACCAGCCUCAGACCCCGACACCAGCCUCAGACCGUGACACCAGCCUCAGACCCCGACACCAGCCUCAGACCCCGACACCAGCCUCAGACCCCGACACCAGCCUCAGACCCCGACACCAGCCUCAGACCCCGACACCAGCCUCAGACCCCGACACCAGCCUCAGACCCCGACACCAGCCUCAGACCGGACCAUAG